UUUUUUCUUGUUAUAUCUUUUUUCCAACACUUUGCGAGUGCCGUCGUACGCUUCGGAUAUUUUUUACCAUGCCCUUUCCACUCCCAGUGUCUAAAUGACCCGAUCCUUUUUUCUAUCACGUUUUCUUCGCCGUCAGCUUACCGCGCGAUUUUAGAUCGCGUUUGAACGGUGUGUGAAAAGUUCGCAACUAAAUCGGUGGUUGUUGGUCACGGACGGAGUUGAUCCGGUGAUUGAUAAGACAAAGAAAAGAUAAGUAAAAAGAGAAACAUGCGACACGUAAACGGUGAAUGAAAAUUUUACGCAUUUGCUAUAGAAAUGUUUCGUGUACGUGAAAUAAUUGUAUCGUGGUAGUGGUUUCUUUUGGUUGUUUUGGUAAAAAGUAAUCAUUCAACGAGUAUAUAAAUUGACAUGUUGGAAUGAUGUUUAAUAUUGUUGUGAAAUUAUUCGUUUAAAAAGAAAAAAAAAAAAAGAGUAACAUGCCAAGAAACAUCGAUCUGUGAUUGAUGCUGAUUUCUUUUUAUGUAUUUACCGUUCUCUUUAUCGAGUGGCUUGUUUUCGUGGCUGCUUGUACUAAAACUACAUUGUUUGUGAACGACGGCGAAGACGGGGAAAAUAAACGGAGAAGUUGUACGAGGAACGUGUUACAAAGAUAAUAUCGAUUUUCGAUUCGAUAUUGUGCAAAUGUGAGCCCCGAUUCGAUGUGGAUUAAUUAACGUAUCACGUGCAGCUUUGUGCACACACACACACAUGCAUACCUGGGAUUGAAUUAUUUUCCGCUACAGUUCUGACAGUGAAAGGAUACUAGUGGUGAUUUAAAAAAGUUAAAUAAUAAUCGAUAAUAGUGCGCCGAACUUGGUAUUAUAAAAUAUAAAAUGAGGGAACAGUGUGACGUCGACGUUGUGUUUAUUACUAUCGAGUAUUAUCGAAAUUUCUUUGCGAUAAGAGAGAUCACGUGCAACGAUUGAGAAGUUUUAUUUAUCAUCGUGAAACCGGCCGAACACGUGCGAGAGAAUUCGAAAGAAGGAAAAUCGGAAGGAUUUUCCGUGUUAAAAUAGGGACGAAAAUCGAUUAUAUAUCCGUUCCGCACCCUUCUUCGUUCAACUUCACUCCGCUGACGCGCGGAAUCGGGAUGAAACGGCGAAACGGAUCGGUGGGUAAAAAGGAACACUGCUAGGCGGUAUUACGCAGGCGCGAAUCACGUGUCGGUGAACGCGGGUGUGGAAAUUCAUGUAGAGCGGAAAAUGGGAGGGAAAAAUCCGAUUGUCUUUCGUUCGGUCGACCGGAAAAAGUGCGUGAAGUGAGAAAAACGAAAAGGAUAAAGUGAGACAAGUCCGACGGAUAAUUGUUUAUUACGAGUUGCGAGGAGCUAACAGCCGACAGUGAGGAGAAACAGAAACUCUCCGAAAAAGCUCGAAAGGUUCGCUUCGAGCCGAGUUUUUCAUUCCCCCCCCCGAGCUUCUCCGUCGGAGGUGCGAGCGUCGCGACGUCUUUCACACUGCUACCCGGAAGGGCGACGGAGAAUAAGGGCGGUACGUCAUCGAUGUGCGGUUUUUGAAAGCAGCUUGGAGGCCAGCCCGACGCAAUGCGUCGACGCUGCUGACGCAACGCGCCUGGAUGCGUCUCACUCUAAGCACGUUACCACAGCUUGCCGUCUUAGCGAAGAUUUUGUGCCUCCUGAUGGUGGUGAUGUGCGGAGCGGUGCCGGCGAUGGUGCGCUCCGUGAGUCUCUACUCGACCUGCAGCAGCGGAAAUGUCACUGUCCAAGACCGCUCCGUCAUGGCAGUAGGACGAACCGAAAGAAAUUCAGCUUACCAAAAGCUAACGACAAAGUCCGACGACUUCAGCGGGAAGCUGUACAUCUUUGCAGAGGAAAGCGAGCGAUAUAUAUGUUUCAACAAACGAUGGAAGCUAGUAGGCUUGCCAAGAAAACGAAAAGGACCGAUGUGCCAGUUCUACGAGGAGGACAACGGUUCGUACCUGAGGUACAGAAGCGCGGUGGACAAGACUCACUACCUGGGUUUCAACAAGCGGGGAAUGCCGCUGAAGGACGCCCAGGGACGGGACCAGUGUUUAAACUUCAUAAAGUACAACCCGCUCUUCAACAUCAAUCAGCACAACAUAAUGGUCGGCGGUAAUUUUGGCGGCGAGUUGAGGAAACCGGUGAUGCACAGGACGCCUAAAAAGUACCAAUCUGGGCACCACCACCAUCGGCACAAUCGCGGCAAGAUGCACGAGCAGCCGUUACUUCGGAGACGACUCGCGGGUAGAAUUCGCGAGGCCAAGAAGUACUGAGCUACCGAAGACUGUCGCCCGACUCCUACCGUUUUUAUUUUUUUUUCAACGGAGGUUUUCGAGCCAUAGAGACACUUUACGUCGUACGCGUGGGGGGACAAAAUUUCCCCUCUUCCCCCCUCCCCCCGUGUGUGCCCCCCCCUCCCGCCCCCGCCCCUUUAAAAAUGCCGCGUCGUGCUAUAAUGUCGUGUCGCUGCCAAGUAAGUAAAAAAAAAAAAAGUUGUAGUAGCUGUGUUCAGCGCGCGCGCGCUCUUACAGAUCAGACGACUGACUGAUAUAUUUAUAU